UUAAAAGUUAGCGCUCGUCAAUCAAGUCGGAUUCGACGCUAAAAACGUUGUUUGUGUUGUAAAUUGUCAUGUUUUUGUGUUAUGUAAGUCAUCAUGCUGCUGUUAAGAAUAUUUAAUACGUCUAUAAGUGUUAUUAAGCAUCCUACUUAUGUCGCAGUUCGCACAAUGUCAAACGCUUCGGUGAGCAUAAAGAUCCGGAGUGGUCUGACGCCGUCUGACCCGGAGCAGCAGCCGGUGCUGAUCGUCGGCCAGGCCGCUCACCUCGCGGCGCUCAGCUGGGACGAUGUGCGCUGCAAGCUGGAGCCCAGGGUCUCUGAGGAGGCAUGGCGUCGCGGGCUUCAAUGCGUGACGUCAUCCCCAGGCGACACGUGCGAGCUGUGGCCUCGCGCCGCAUCGCUCGCAUCGCUCCCGUCGCGUCGCUCGCGUCACGCGGCGCCCGCUAGAGGACACGCGCUCGCUAAGAUCGUGCGCUCGACGCAGCGCUCUACUGACGAGACUAUUGUCUUGGUGUGUCGCAAGCGCGACGUGCUGGCGAGCGCGGUGAGCGUGGCGCGCUCGUUCCCGCUGUACCACGCGCGCUCCGCCGCCGCGCCGCUGUGCCACGCGCCCGCGCCGCCCGCCGCCCGCGCACUAGCCCUGGAGAUACACCUCGUGAAGGAGGAUAGACAGGAUGGUGAAUCUGAAGAGGAAGGCGUAGGUGUGCUGGACGCAGCUCUGCUGGACAACUCGCUGUCCGUCGAGGAGGUGCGGACGCUGCAGGACGCGGCCGACGCCACGCGCCUCGCCGCCCGCAUCACCGACACGCCCGCCAACAUCAUGAGUGUCGACAGCUUUAUAGAGGAAGCCUGCAAAGUAGCAAAAGAACUCGACAUACCCGAGCCCACAAUAAUCCGAGGCGAGGAACUCAAAGCCCGUGGCAUGGGCGGUAUCUACGGCGUAGGGCGGGCGGCGGCCUGUCCCCCCGCCCUGGUCUCCCUGUCCUACAGGGCUCCGGGGGCGGCGGACAACGUGGCCUGGGUCGGGAAGGGAAUUGUCUACGAUACCGGCGGCCUCAGUAUCAAGGCAAGGACAUCCAUGGUAGGCAUGAAGGGCGACUGCGGCGGCGCGGCGGCGGUGCUGGCGGCCUUCGCGCUGGCCGUCAAGGCGCGCCCCACCGUCAACCUGCACGCCGUGCUCUGUCUCGCCGAGAACGCUGUCGGACCACUCGCUACCAGACCUGAUGAUAUUCACACGCUGUACUCAGGACGUACGGUGGAAAUCAACAAUACUGAUGCUGAAGGUCGUUUGGUACUGAGUGACGGCGUGGUGUACGCAUCCAGAGAUCUGAAGGCCGAUACCAUUGUAGAUGUCGCCACUCUCACUGGCGCCCAGGGCACAGCGACCGGCAAAUACCACGCGGCUAUAAUCUCAAACAGUGCUCGUCUAGAGUCAGCGUGUGUCACAGCCGGGCUUCGAACCGGCGACCUCGCGCACCCGCUGCCCUUCGCUCCGGAACUGCACUUCACCGAGUUCACUAGCUGUGUCGCUGAUAUGAAGAAUAGUGUUGCUGACCGCAACAACGCGCAGCCGUCAUGCGCGGGUCUGUUCGUGCUGUCACACCUGGGCUUCGACUUCCCCGGCCGCUGGCUGCACGUCGACAUGGCUGCGCCCGCACACUGUGGUGAACGCGCAACAGGUUACGGCGUAUCGCUGCUGUGUGUUCUGUUCGGUUCCCGCACUCACUCGCGUCUUCUCAGAGCUCUGGCUCCUCAGUUGUGAUGUACACCACACUGUACUAGCUGAUGCUAAUACCAGCGUCCACUUAAACAAUAACGGAGGAGUACACUUGAAAACAUACAUGGUUUUCCCAAGAAAAAAAUAGCUGAAUAUCAAAAAAAUACAUCAUAAUUAUUAAUUUACAGAUUUCAUUGCUUUAUAAUGUAAGUGUAAUUUAAAUAACACCUCACAAAAAACAUUUAAAUUGACAACCUCUUUUUUGGAAGUCGGUAAGCAAUUAAGCAUAAUAUCUAAAGAAUUUCUUCUUAUUAUUUACCUUUAGUAUCUUUUUCGAAUCUAAUCUACGAAACUGCUAGUUCUAAUAAAACUGUUGUCUAGAAUUAUGUUUUCAAAUAUAAUGAAUAUUGUGGUUAUCUAGUAAUACUGCCCUCUACAAGAUUUUAUACAUUUAUAACAGAAAUAAUAAAAUAAUAGUUAGUUUUCUAAGCAAUAAACUUAUAUAAUAUCGUUAUAAUUAUAAUAUAACAAAGGGUUCUUAAUAGCACUUAGUUUAGUUAUCAUUCUUGCAAAAUUUGGGACUGUUGCCGAAAAUCAAGAAUUAUUGUAUCUUAGACCUGAAGAAACCAAAGUUGACCUAGGUUUCUCUGCCAUUCAUAGUCGCUUUCAAAAUACUAAACGUGUAUUUAAAAUAAGAUUUUUCGGCAUCGUGGACCAUGUUGCGAGUAAAACGCAUGCUAUAUCUAACGAAAAGCAAUAUAAUGUACAAUAAUAAGUCUUGGAAGUUGUUACCUACAAAUUAAAUGUUACCGACAAUAUGAAGAAACUAAUGAAUACCGUCCUUUUUUGUGGAAGCAAGGAGUAUUAACAUAUUCUGAAAUGUUACUGAAUUGUACACAGAAUGUUAUAUGUAGCAUUUACGGAUUUCAAUAACUUAUCUGUUGAUUUGCCUUCAUACAAGAGAUAGGCAUUCGACAUUAUUUGUAUGAGGAUAACUAUAAAAUUAAGUUAAUCAACAGUAGAUAUAUUAUUGAAACCCAGAGUUAUAAUCGGCAAGGAUAUUCGGCCCUGACCUUCACCUGCGCAGAAGUGGUUUAUUGGUUUAUUGCCUUAAGUGUACAGUGCGCAAAGCGAUCCCCACUCUUCCGCCGAGAGCUCAUUAUCCGUGCCGAUAACUAUAAGGGACUAUAAAAAUGAUGCAUUUAAGAUUAAUAUUGUCAUUCACCAAUAGUUUCAUAAAGUCUCGGUAACAAUACAAACAUUAAAUCCAAGUGUACCUUAUUGCAGUUACGGAGUAUAUUAUAUAUUGUUACACCAUUACUUUAAGCAAUAGUUUAAUUAUUUGUCGUUUUGAGGCUUUAGUCUGUACCAAUAUAAAUACUAGUUCAAGAAGUAUGGUAAUAUGAAGUUUGAAAUAUGCGGGAUUAACUAUAAAUUCUAAGACCCAGUUGCAUCGUCUAUAACGAUAACCAAACCAUAAUCAGCCGUAUACUUGCCUCUCAUUGGCCAAAUCGGUGAUUUGACAACUGAAAAUGUUUCGGCUAUCGAUAGUUAAAUCAUGCUCCUCAUCAUAAUAUAAUAUGGAGCCAACUAAGCAACCAUUAGGAGAUGCUAAUUAACGAACUAUUUAAAUAUUGGUACAGUUAAAACUUCAACCAUAUAACACGCUAGAAAUACAUACAUGUAAUAAUAAAAUGUGUUCGCUCAGAGCCAAAUCAUAAGCCAUAAUAUUUUUAUAUUACAUAUAUUUAACAAGCAUUUAGUUUCAAUUUGCAAUAAAACACUAACUUUGGGUUACAUAAUUUAACUAUAACGAUAACCUAUAAACCAGCCGUGAAAUUGUCGCUCAUUGGUCAAAUCGUCGAAGUGACAGCCGUGAAAUUGUCGCUCAUUGGUUAAAUCGUUGAAGUGACAGCCGUGAAAUUGUCGCUCAUUGGUUAAAUCGUUGAAGUGACAGCCGUGAAAUUGGCGCUCAUUGGUCAAAUCGUUGAAGUGGCAGUCGUGAAAUUUUCGCUCAUUGGUCAAAUCGGCUAUGACUACUGAAACCGGUUCGGUUAUCGUUAUAGUUAAAUAGUUCAUCCAUUUAACUUGUGUAGGUUUUAUAUUGCUGUUGAAACAAUUAAUCUGUCAAUAAUGUAAUCUUUAAGUGAAAGUGUUGACUUUUUCGAAAUAAAGUUGUAUUUGGAGAUAA